AUGUCAUUCAACAGUACAUUUGAUAACGAUAUUGAAAGAAUAGCAACAAAUCAUUCUCACAAAUACAAAGAUUAUCCCGAAUUUGAAUCACUUUCAACUAGUAUUGAUAAUCAAUUACAUCAUAUAAGUCAAACUCAAUUAUCAACCAUUAAACAUGACUUGCUACAAUUUGAAAAAGACCCACUCGAUCUCUCAAUAGCUGAAAAGUUAAGUUCAGAAUUUAAACAAACUACUGAAUCAUACCGUAAAUUGAAUGAUUUUGUUAAACAAUUGAAUAAUACGAUAAAAUCAGUUGAAGAUGAGCGUGAAGAUGUUGAAAUCAUAAAUUAUUUAAAGCAAAAGGAAAGUAUUCAAAUCAAGUUGAUUAGAGAUAGUCUUGGUAAUUUUAAAAAUUAUCAACGAAGGUUUGAAUCUAAACAAUCUAGUCAAUUACCUGCACCUGGUGACAACACCAUAAACCCACACCAAGACCAAGAACAACAUUCACAACAGCAGUCCCAACAACAGAUACAAAUCACGUAUGAACCAGUAAAUGCAGAAGAACUAGAACAACAAACACUUUUAAUUCAAGAAAGAGAACGAGAAAUUCAUCAAAUUCAACAAGAUACACAAGAAAUUAAUAACAUCUUUUCCAAUCUUUCAUCUAUAAUCAAUGAACAACAAUUUCAAGUUGAUAGUAUUGAAAAUAAUAUAUUCACUUAUAGUUCAAAUGCAAGACAAGCCUCAAAUGAAUUGAGAAGUGCUCAUCGAUAUCAAAAGAGAUCAAGUGGUACAUUGUUUUGUUGUUUAAUGAUCCUUUUGGCGGUAUUGGGAUUUAUAAUAUUAAUAGGGUUGAUAUUCUAA